AUGGCGGACGCGGAUGAACGAGUCGUCCCAUCCGUCAAGGACUUCAAGUCGUCUGAAGAGGAAGACAACCCGAACAACCCCCAGAAUUGGUCCUUGACGGCCAAACUUUGCACCUACCUAACCAUCUGCUCCUUUACUUUUUUGGCGAACACCAAUUCCAGCAACUUCACUGUUGCAGUCCAGGCCAUCGUCGAGGAAUUUCACGUUAACCAAACCCAAGCGGGCUCACUCGUCUGCUUCAAUGUAUUCCUCUUUGGUGUCGGCAAUAUCUUCUGGGUUCCACUGAUGCGGGUGAUUGGCAAGCGGCCAGUAUACCUGCUCUCCAUGCUGAUGCUCUGCAUGAUGAACGUUUGGUCCAGCCGGGCCAGCAGCUAUAAUGAACUUCUAGCAUCCCGCAUCGUUUCUGGAUUUGCUGCCGCCGCAGCGGAUGCCACUGUACCUGCCGUGGUAGCAGACAUGGUCGCUGCCAAGGACCGUGGUCAUUAUAUGAUGUUUUUCCACCUGGCCAUGACUGCCGGUCUGUUUGUGGGUCCCAUGAUCAAUGCAUUCCUUGUGCAGCAGGAGGAUUGGCGCUGGAUGUGCUACUUAAUGGCUAUAGCAGUCGGCGUGGUUUUCGUGAUGUCGAUCUUCACCAUUCGCGAGACCUCGUACCUCAAGCGCCACCAAGGACAGGGCAAGCGGACUCAACUACAAUGGAUGUCCAUGACCAUCGGAUAUAACCGAGAGGCCUCAUUUUUCCAAACUCUGCUAGAUAUCUUGGCAAACGCCACCUACCCGCCCAUCCUCUGGUGUUCAUUCACUAUCGGUAUCUCUGUCGGAUGGAACAUCGUAGUCCAACUCACUUGCUCUCGCACUUUUACGAAAUCUCCUUACAACUGGGAAAUGGGCACCGAAGGAACGUUUCUGCUCUCAGGCUUCAUUGGGGCCGUGCUGGCAUUCUACCUCGGCGGCCGAUUAAUCGACAUCGUCUCGACUCGGAGUACAAUACGACAUGGGGGUAUUCGCAUGCCCGAGUAUCGUCUCCCAGCAAUUGCCAUCCCGGGCGUCAUUGGUCCUGCCGGCAUUCUGAUUUUCGGACUCUGUAUUGCACACAAGACGCAUUGGGUCGGACCGGCAUUUGGAUUUGCUAUGCAAGCAUUUGGCUUGGCUGCAAUUUCCAACGUGGCAGUCACUUACUGUCUAGAUUCGUAUAGACCGGUGACUGGCGAGGCUCUUGUCAUCAUUUUCGUUAUCCGAAACACUAUCGGGAUGCUUCUGUCCUUGUAUACAGCGAACUGGAUCGAGAAACAGGGCCCUGCACCUGUCUUUGGUGAGAUGACUGCGAUUCAAGUUGUCAGUAUUCUUUUCGCCAUACCACUCUAUAUAUGGGGCCGGCGCUUGCGUGACUUAACCUCCACAUAUGGGCCUAUGAAGCGAUUUCAGCAUGAUUAG